AUGGCAGAGCUGAGACCCUCAAGCCCGGCCCCUUCCUCGCUGCUUGCAGCGCAUGCGACUGUCCGGGUUUGUUUCGCCGCGGGCCGCUCGCGCUCCUUACGCCCUUUCCAGAAGGGAGUUGUGGCGGUGUGGCUGGGAAGUUGGACGCCACUUUUGCGAAGAAGCCGGCAGCAGUCCCUGUGCCAUCAAACACCUUCUCAUGCUCGGACAGUCGGGUGGCAGAAGUCGACGCACCAUGACGAAGAGCAUCGUCAGCGUUUGGACGACAUUCUUCGGGACUUAGUUCUGCCGCCCAUGAACACUAAGUGGCCUUUCCUCGUAAAAGCAGGACUUGGAGCUGCUGCAGUAGUUGCAACAGCUGCUGCACUACGCUCGGCGGUUGUUGCCGGUACUCUUGCCCUAGCUGGGGCCGCCGCUUUCGAUCCCCACAAAAGGCAGAAAAGAAAGGAUCGCCAGAAGAAGCGGUCUGAGCUAAUCAGUGCUUUAAAUCAGCAUCCGCGCUGCGACAAGAUACCGAUCGAGCUGCUUAAGCAUCCAGGUUAUGGGGAACUAGCCCGGGAAGCCUUCAAGCAGAAGAUCUCGAAGCGCCUCCUCGACGAGUGCUUCGAGGCAGUGGUGCCACAUCUCUUGGCCGACCCAGAGCUGCAGCCCUGGUCCUAUGAGGUGCUGGACGACAUGAUUUCACCAAAAUGGCAUAUCGGACUUAUCAGUCUGAUCCUGGAUCUCUGGAGUGCAAAAGAUCCGCCGACGAAGAGCCGGGCAUCGGCUUUGAAGUUCUUGAAGAAGCAGCUGCCGGGCAUUCUGAGUGCAGAGCAAGUCCAGCUGAUCGUGACAUUCGCAUUCUCGGUGCGAUGCAAGACGGACGCAGCAAUAGAUACCAUCGUUACACUGUUAGGCACAGGCGGGCGGUUCGCGGUAGAGGCCCUACACCGGUUGAAAGAGAUACUGCCGAGCCGAGACAUCGCUUUGCAGACAGAGAAGUUCUUGCCUUGGCUGAACAGCACGGAUAAGCAGACAAUGGUUUCCACGCAGCAUCUCUUAGAACGGAAGAUCUCGGAAGAAGUGCUGACCGAGUACUUCCAGGAGAUCGUGCCGCUGCUUCUGGCUGACGCGCAAAUUCAGUCGUGGUCCUUUCGCUUCCUGACGGAACGGAUGUCGCCCGAGAGUCUCACGGAGCGCAUCGACGUUAUCAUCGUGCUGCUCGAGGGCCAAGCACCUCCGUCGUGUAAGCUGCGGCUAUUGGAGUUCAUGAAGACCCAACUGCCGGAUCAGCUGAGUGCACCCCACGUUCGGAAGAUUGCUGCCUUGCUGGAGCGUUCUGAGCGCCAGCUCCUGAUAUGGACUUUGCAGCUGCUGCACGAGCGGAUGCCAGACUCGGUGCUUUCGGUGCUGCUCACUGAGCAUUGGGAGAGGACCGUGGCCUUGGUGGAUCAUGACGACCUUUCGACUCGGACUGCAGCAUUUACGCUGGUUUUGGAGAAAGCAUCCGUGCUCUCACGAAAGCAGCUAGCCGCACAUUCGCGCCGGCUUGCGGUUGUGCUUCGCAAGACAGGCCACCUGGAUGACUUUGCUAAGAAGAUCUUCCCGGAUCUCCUGAAAAAUGUCCAGCAGCAUGACUGGGCACAGCUCUUGUCCAAGCUGCCGGUCUCUUGUCUUCUAGCAGUUGCUGUGGAACGCAAGGACAUGGUCACCUGGCGAGAUGAAGAAGGCAACACCUGGCUCCACUGUGCGGCCGAAGCAGGGCACGUGGAGGCCUGCGAGGCUUUGGUUGACCAGGUCGGCCUCCCGUUGCGCGAGAAGAAUAAAGCUGGAAACGAGCCGCUGACUCUUGCGGCGAGUCGCGACGUGGAUCGGGUCCUGCGGAGAAGAAUGCGCGUUCUGGAGACCCGGUUCGGCCAUGGAAAUGCUUUCGAUGAGAUGAUGCGGGAUGAGAGGCAGGUGUCCGAGGUGACCUGGUACACGCUGCCUCUCCCUGGUUGGGCCGGCCGUUUGGGCGGCCUGCACUCCUUCCUCGUCGUCACAGUUUCUGACACCUCCGGUGCAGAUCAUGAAGCCAAGAUGUACGUGCUUGAGAAGGCUGCUGGCUCCUAUGCCAGGGAGGCUCAUCAGAAGCACGGCAUCUUCAUCGGAAGCCAAAAUUUGGGCAGCAAUUUGAUGAGUCUGGCGGGAAUAAAGAGACACGGAAUUGAGCUGAAGAUCAGCCAAGGAAGGCUAAGGAGCGGGCUAAAGAUGAAGGAGCUGUAUGAGGUAGCUCACAGCACAGGCCCAUAUAAUCCUGCAUUUUCCAAUUGUCAUCAUGCCGUUCAAAAAGUUUUUAACCACUGCUGUGAAAUAGAAGGAGACAAGGAGGUACGGUCACCAAACGAAUGGUUGUCAAAGCUGGGGGCGUUGUUUGGUGGUCAGUUCGACUCAACCAAUUCUGGCGCAAAAGGCUCGAAUUCAGACGUUGCUUCAGCCAAUUCGGAAGUGACAUCCGGCAGCCAGCCUAUUGAUUCCCCGAGUGGCUUCGAAGUGCAAGUUGACUUGCACUGUGACGCCUACGCAGAAAAGGCCGCCGUGCUGAGUGAUGUGGUUUAUGAAGAGGAUGCUAUGUGCAUUUUGAGGCCAACCGAACCUGAUGCUGUGUCCAUCUGCAACAAGCUGGCCAGACCUGUACGAGUGUACGCCCAGAGCACUCACACCAGUUACAGAGUCGAAGCUAACGAGACGCGAAGUGUUCAAACACGUGGAGCUAAGAAAAUCCUCGUGGAUGUUCGUGCCAGGCGGUUUCGGCGACCUCUGGCCCAGAAGCAAGCAGUCUGGGCGGGCCAUGCCUACAAUAUGUUCACAGGCUUCCGAGGCGAGGUCGUGCUGGAGGAGCUGGUGCAGGUAGACGUACUUUGCACCAUCCAAAAGAGCGGCACCAGCAGUCCCGUGCAGUGGCUGCUGGCCAGAUCGGGCUCCGAGCUCUACAUCGCCUUCCUUCCGAGGGACGGUUGA